CAGCGUGACACGCGCGUGUUGGUGAAGGAGGAAGUGUGCGGAGCAGCGGGGGAGUCGGAGCGGAGCGGAGCGGAGCGGAGCGCAGUGCGGUGCGGGUUUAUCACAGCCUGGAACAUGUCGUGGCUUUUCGGCCUGAAUAAAGGACAAGGCGGGGGCGCGAGCCCGGAAGUUCCGUUACCUCCCCCUCCUCCUCCUCCUCCGGCCGGGGGCUCAGGGGGAGGCGGCGGAGACAAACCCAAGGACAAAUGGAGCAAUUUCGACCCCACCGGGCUGGAGAGAGCGGCGCAGGCCGCCAAGGAGCUCGACCGGUCCCGCCAUGCGAAAGAGGCACUGGAGUUGGCGCGCAUGCAGGAGCAGACAGUGCAGAUGGAACAUCAGAGCAAGAUGAAGGAGUACGAAGCAGCAGUGGAGCAGCUGAAGGGGGAUCAGAUCCGUAUUCAGGCGGAGGAAAGGAGGAAAACUCUGAGUGAAGAAACCAAACAGAAUCAAGCGAGAGCUCAGUACCAGGACAAACUGGCUCGUCAGCGCUAUGAGGAUCAACUCCGACAACAGCAAGCUAUAAAUGAGGAGAAUCUGCGCAGACAGGAGGAGUCUGUUCAGAAACAGGAGGCCAUGAGGAAAGCCACCAUCGAGCACGAGAUGGAGUUGAGGCAUAAGAACGAGAUGCUGCGGAUUGAAGCUGAGGCUAAAGCUCGUGGCCGGGUGGAGAGAGAGAACGCUGACAUCAUCAGAGAACAGAUCCGCCUUAAAGCAGCUGAACACAGACAGACUGUACUGGAGAGUAUACGAACUGCCGGUGCUGUGUUUGGGGAGGGUUUCAGGGCUUUUAUCUCUGACUGGGACAAAGUGACAGCGACGGUGGCAGGACUCACUCUGCUGGCCGUAGGUGUUUACUCGGCGAGAAACGCAACAGGCGUGGCAGGGAGAUACAUCGAGGCUCGGCUCGGGAAGCCCUCUCUGGUGAGGGAGACAUCACGCAUCACGGUGACGGAGGCCAUCAAACACCCAGUCAAGAUGACCAGGAGGUUGAUGAGUAAGCCUCAGGAUGCUCUGGAAGGAGUUGUUCUCAGUCCGUUGCUGGAAGAACGUGUCCGCGACAUCGCCAUAGCAACUCGGAACACCCGCCAGAACCGAGGUCUCUACAGGAACAUCCUGAUGUACGGACCGCCUGGGACGGGGAAAACACUGUUUGCCAAGAAAUUGGCAAUGCAUUCUGGGAUGGACUAUGCCAUUAUGACAGGAGGAGAUGUGGCCCCCAUGGGGCGGGAAGGUGUAACUGCCAUGCACAAAGUGUUUGACUGGGCCAGCACCAGCCGCAGAGGUUUGCUGCUAUUUGUGGAUGAAGCUGACGCAUUCCUGCGCAAGAGAGCCACUGAGAAGAUCAGUGAGGACCUGCGAGCCACGCUGAACGCCUUCCUGUACCGAACUGGAGAGCAGAGCAACAAGUUUAUGUUGGUUUUGGCCAGUAACCAGCCCGAGCAGUUUGACUGGGCCAUUAAUGACCGUAUUGAUGAGAUUGUAAACUUCGCUCUUCCCGGCCCUGAAGAGAGAGAGAGACUCGUCCGACUUUACUUUGACAGAUACGUCCUGGAGCCUGCCACCGGGGGGAGACAGAGGUUGAAACUGGCGCAGUUUGACUAUGGAAAGAAGUGUUCGGAGAUUGCGAAGCGCACAGAGGGCAUGUCGGGUCGAGAGAUUUCCAAACUGGGCGUGGCCUGGCAGGCUGCUGCGUACUCCUCUGAGGACGGCGUUCUGACCGAGGCCAUGAUCGACGCGCGUGUGGACGACGCUGUCCGACAGCACAUGCAGAAGAUGGACUGGUUGCACGGGGACGGCGUCCCGGAUAACGAGGGCCGCGUCGCUCCUGCAGGUCACCAGGGGGGCAAGGGUGCCAAGAUGGGCUUCAUCCUGCCUCAGGGUUCGCCCUCACAGGCGCAAGAGGUUCUGUGUCCUUUCAAGGAGGGUCUGGACUCAAGCAUUACAUCACCAGAGGCAGGGGGCAGCAGUGCAGCAGAAAAAGGGACCAUUCCAGUGGCAGGGGAGGGGGGAGUUAAACACACAGGACAGAAAGACGUCCCACCUAAAGAUGGCACACCGGUUUAAGUUUCAUCAAGACCUGAUCCUGGGUCAGAUUUACUGAGCAUUGACAUGAAAGCUGAUACACAGGGGAAACUGUCUGAGCUCCAACUCCCGUGCAGUAUUUCCAUUUAGUGAUGAGACAAAGCUCAGUGCAUCUGUCCAGAUCGGUGUGUGUGUGUGUCCGUGUCCACAAUGGCUCCUUGUGUGAAAUUUUGGUUGUAACUGAUCCACUAGACCAUGCAUUCUUCUUUCCAAAUGAAGUCUCGGAGAGUAAAUAAACACGUGGCAGUCGAAAAUCUACAGAGAAGCUAUUUACAGUCCAAGUAUCAUCUCUGUUGCAAAAAUAGGGAGCCAUUUUGGUGUGUGUGUUUUAAUGAACGCCAGAUAGCGGAAUUAAGAUAUGAAAGAAAAGGGGGAAAAAAAUCACACACUGUCCUUAUUAAUGUCUGAUGUGUUCCAUGUAUAACGAGAGUCUGUAAAAUGUCUGAAUGUGAUUUCCGUUUGCUAAAAUCUAAAGCCUGGGAAGGAAAACGUGUCUAACAAAUUGGAUAAUGUUUUACUUUACAAGAUAAAGUAAUCCAGAUUUCAUUAAAAAAAAAAAGCUGCAGUAGUGAA